AUGGAUGUGGUUAAUGCUGCCCACAUUGACUCGGGCACCAAGAGACAGGGGAGCAAGAAAGCGGUGAAGCGGCCGUUCGAACGGGAUGAUGUGGCCCUCGGCCAUCCAGACAACUUGAUAGAAUUUGGACCGCAGGUCCAGACCCAAAACUUGCACUCGGACUCUGCCACAAAUAUGAUGGCCGAUGAUACGGACGUACUUUUCAGCGGGUUGAGUAAUCGGACGUCACUUCUGUUGUUCACAACGUUCAUUGCACUGCCACACCAACACAAAUUCACGCCACAGCCUAUAUUUAGUCAAAGAAACUCGGCCAAUUGGAAUAUCUCCCAGCGGUGCAUCAAACUCCAGGUCAUGAAGAGAGUUUCUAAAGUAUCGCAGAUUGUACAUCACAUAACCGACACACCUUCAGUCAUAAAUGAUAAGCAAGAAAUCCCAGAUCCGAGAUCCGUCCGGGAGCCCGCGGAAGACUGUCAGUGUGUGAUGGGUAUGCCUGGGCAAUCGAGAAUGGUCUCUGGAAACUUUUCUGAUGACGGAAGACCCGAAGGUCCCCGAGACAUUCCCGGAGGCUGCGAACUAGCAGACGGGGGGAGGGGAGACGGGGAGACCCGACUCGAAGCUUGGGGCGUGCAUACUGCAUGCCCGGAACCCCUCCCCGGGAGGGUGGCGAGCCGGAAGUUCAUGUCUCCCGGUAUAAUAUACCUGCAUCACCGGCCACCCGAUCCAGCAGCUGUCACUGGGAUCGACAGCGGACGUCGAGCACCCCUGAAAGUGCGCUACCAUGCUCGUUCGGACUCAAUGGCCGUUGUGAUUGAUGGGUGUCGAUCCGAGACAGAUGCAAUCGUCCAGAGAGAAGAAAUUAUUCGCCUGCUUUUGCAGGACGUUGUGUUUGGGCUGCAAGAUCGAUUGCAGCCUUCACCAGUAAACAAAAGAAACAAGAGCCCGUCGCGUGAAACAACGUGUUUCAUCUGGUCAUGUUCCAGCUACGAGAUAAAGUUCUAUCUGGAUUUGGGCUAUGACCUUUCGAGAUUCCACACACUCUCAUACAAGAGGUUUGGCAACCCGUAUCCCUCGUAUCUGCCCCUAUAUCCUGCGUCAGAGAUUGGGCGUAUUCAUAGUUACAAGUACACCAGUUCCUAUCAAGAGAACAGGCUACGGACCUUCUAUCCCAAAUUUAUGGGAUACGAUGUUCCAUCUAGACACGUGAGAAUUGUAGAUCUCUAG